AUGAGUCCAGAUGUGCCUCUGCUGAAUGAUUACAAGCAGGACUUCUUUCUGAAGCGCUUUCCACAGACUGUUCUUGGAGGCCCUCGACUCAGAUUAGGCUAUUGUGCCCCUCCUUACAUAUAUGUUAAUCAAAUUAUCCUUUUUCUAAUGCCGUGGGUUUGGGGUGGCAUAGGAACACUUUUGUAUCAGUUAUCCAUCCUGAAAGACUAUUAUACAGCAGCACUUUCAGGUGGAUUAAUGCUUUUGACUGCAAUUGUCAUCCAGUUCACAAGUUUAUAUGCCAGAAACAAAUCAGUGACGGUGGAAAGAAUACUAACCACAGAUAUCUUAGCAGAGGAAGAUGAGCAUGAGUUUACAAGUUGUGCAGGUGCUGAGACUAUCAAAUUUUUAAUUCCUGGCAAGAAAUAUAUAGCCAACACAGUUUUUCAUUCUGUCCUUGCUGGGUUAGUGUGUGGGCUUGGAACAUGGUAUCUGCUCCCAAAUAGAAUAACUUUGCUGUAUGGCAGUAUGGGAGGCACUGCUCUACUAUUUGUCUUUGGGUGGAUUACAUUAUGUAUAGGAGAAUAUUCAUUAAUUGUAAACACAGCUACAGAGACUGCAACUUUCCAGACACAGGAUGCUUAUGAAAUCACUCCUCUUAUGAGACCUCUUUAUAUUUUUUUCUUUGUUUCUGUGGAUCUUGCACACAGAUUUAUGGUAGACAUACCAGCUCUAGAACAAACGAAUCAGAUUUUACACAUCUUGUUUAUAUUUUUACCCUUUCUGUGGGCACUUGGGACUCUGCCCCCGCCUGAUGCACUUGUCUUAUGGGCAAUGGAGCAGAUUUUAGAGUUUGGCCUUGGAGGCUCAUCUAUGUCAACCCACCUACGGUUAUUAAUAAUGUUCAUAAUUUCUGCUGGAACAGCUAUAACAUCAUAUUUCAUUCCCAGCACUGUUGGUGUGGUUCUUUUCAUGACUGGACUUGGUUUCUUACUGAGUCUUAACCUAAGUAACAUGGAUUUUGUCUUCAAACACAGUGUGACUAGACACAGAGCUGGAGCCAAAUCUAAAGCUUUACCCAGCGGUUCAGAAAAACAUUUUACAUGGAAGGAAUACCUUUUCUACAUCAUUAUAUUAGUAUUGGCUCUUUUAGAAACUGGUCUGAUUCAUCACUUUGCUGGCUUCUCCCAAAUUUCCAAAAGCAACUCCCAGGCUAUUGUUGGCUAUGGUUUGAUGAUAUUACUUAUAAUACUGUGGAUACUUAGAGAAAUUCAAAGCGUGUAUAUCUUGGGAAUUUUUCGAAACCCUUUCUAUCCAAAGGAUGUGCAAACUGUGUCUGUCUUCUUAGAGAAGCAAAAAAUGCUCAUGAAGAUUGGUAUUUCCAGACGGAUUUUGCUGACUCUAGUGUCACCUUUUGCUAUGAUAGCAUUUCUUUCAUUGGACAGUUCCUUACAAGGGCUCCACUCUGUGUCUAUCUCUAUUGGAUUCACAAGAGCUUUUAGAAUGGUAUGGCAACAUACAGAAAAUGCUUUAUUGGAAACAGUCAUUGUAUCAGCAUUACACAUCAUUUCCAGUACAGACUUAUGGUGGAAUAGAAGCCUAGAUACAGGAAUCAGACUCUUAUUGGUUGGUAUCAUGCGUGAUCGUUUGAUUCAGUUCAUCUCUAAAUUGCAAUUUGCUGUGACUGUACUUUUGGCAUCAUGGACAGAGAAAAAACGUCGAAAAACUACCACUGUUUUAUGUAUUCUCAACACCAUCUUGUCUCCCUUCGUGUUGGUCUUCAUAGUUUUUUCUACACUACUCUCUUCUCCCUUACUUCCUCUCUUCACCCUUCCUGUGUUCUUCGUGGGGUUUCCCCGACCUAUUCAGAGUUGGCCAGGAACAGUGGGCACCGCAGCCUGCAUGUGUGCAGAUACAGUGUACUACUACCAAAUGGUUCCCAGAUUGACUAUUGCACUACAGACUGCAAUGGCAGCUGGAAGUUUAGGUCUCCUCUUACCUGGAUCUCAUUACUUGGGCCGUUUUCAGGAUCGUUUAAUAUGGAUAAUGAUUCUAGAACAUGGCUAUACUUACUGCUGUAUUAACAUCAAG